UUUUGCUAAACUCAAUGUGAGUGAGAGGGGGCACUCAUUCUGAUCCCUAAUCCAUUGUUUUUUGUUUUCAUCUAACCCACAAAGAAACUCAGAUCUGAUCCGGAAAUGGAGAGCGACGAAGAUUUUGAGCUCUUGCCUCCCCCUCCCCUGCUCGAACCUAAGCCAAAGCUCAAGCGUCUCAAGAAAGCUCUUAGGGUUCCUCCCCUCUCUCCCUCCAAUCAUGAUGGUUCCUCUCCUAUCGAUUCGGGAACCCUUCCCUCCGAUGGUCCCAGCCCUAGCGCCGGACACGUGGAGGACUCUAAUUGGGGAUCUAACCCCCAAAUCGACCGCAGAGUAACCGCUCAUCUUGACGCAUCAGAUAGCGAUACUGCCAAGAAGAAUAAUGGUUUUGGUGCAAUGCGAGCUUUGGACUUUGAUUCUAUCGGUGGUGGACUUGACGGAAAUGACGAGGUUCACUCUAAGGAGAUGGAGACUGAGAAUGAGAAGGGGGAGGAAGUUGCGGAUCUCGAGAUCGAUGAUCGCGACAGAAAACGACGCAGUUUAGACGAGGAUUCAGAGGAUCAGGAGAGGAAGAGGAAGAGAAAGAAGAAGGGAUUGGACGGUGAGAAGCAGCUUAAAGAAUCUGCUUCCAAUAAGAGAAGGGCUGAGAAGGAGAGGCGGGAAAAUCUCAAACAGCUUCGAGCUGAGUCUCAGAGACUUCUUCGAGAAACUAGAGAUGCAGCUUUUAAACCCAUUCCACUGGUUCAGAAGCCAAUUUCUUCAAUACUGGACAAAAUUCGGCAGAGAAAAUUAGAGAUUCAGAAGAAAUCUAGUGGUUAUCGUGAUGAUAAUGGUUAUGACUCACCGGUGGAUGAUGAUUCUGAACGUGGUCCUCUAGAUGAGGAGAUAUCUGACAAGGUUGCAAAGGCCAAAGUGGAGGAAACACAUACUUCGUGUGCAGCCAUCGACAAUUUGAAUACAUUGCAUGUUGAUGGAUCUAAAGAAGCUGCAGAUUAUCCAAGUGGUGAAAGCAUUUCUUCCCCCAUGGCUGUGCAUAUAGAACCUGAGCAUGAAUUUCGAGCUCCUAUUGAUGAUACUCAGGAGCUCGCUUAUCAUUCCCAAAGUACCGACACUAAUGUUGUUUGUGAGGAGCCAAUUAACACUUCAGAAGAAGUACCAGCUUCAUCAAUGCUUGCAAUGAACUUGAAACUUGAUUCUGCUCCUCCCGAUGACGAUGCGUCUUCUGAUGAUGAUGAUGAUGAAGAUGAUGACAAGGAAAACAUAGAUCCUCGUUUACAUGGAUCAGUUCACUUGCCUUCACCUCCAAGUGGCGACCCGGUUAAGGCUUUUGUUGAUGAAGAAGCUGAAGAGGAAGACAAUAGUGACAAUGACAUGCAGCGCUUCCAAGAUAAUGAAGAAGGUGAAGAUGAUGAUGAUAUUGGGGAACUUAAUGAAAUGAUAACACCUGAAUAUGAAGAAAAGUCAAUUGAUAGAGAAAAGCGUGACCAACUCCACCAGAAGUGGCUUGAGCAACAAGAUACAGCUGGAAUGGACAAUCUACUUCAUAAACUUAAUUGUGGUUCAAAAUUGAAAGAACCAACAUUAAUUGAAGAGGAAGAAGAUGAGGAAAGUGAAGAAGCUGAAAAUGAAUCUGAUGAAGAAGCUGAAGAAUACAUUGCACCACCAGAUGCUGUGAAGAUUAAUCUGAAGAAGGCGAAGCAGAUGAUUCCACAGAUGUUUACAGAUAAAGAUAAUGAUUAUGUCUCAUCUGAUGACGAGGAAACUGAAAAGAUGCUAGAUAAGCAGUGCCUCAUUGAUAAAUCUGAAGAGAGAGCCGCAUUCUUGUCACCAGCAGAGGAUGAAAGUAGCAGGGAAGUUUUCAGUCUCAUAAAGAAGCUAAAUAUUGUCCCUGAUACCAAGAGGAAAGCAAAAGUUCCAUCUUUCUUUGAAACGUCGCUCCUUGGACAAAAAGUAAACACAUCAUCCAAGUCUUUUGUCGGUCGGGCUACAAAUCAUUUUAUGGCCACAUCUCAAAAGCACGGAUCAGCAAAGGUUCGGUCAUUUAUAUUUGGGCGAGAUGACAGCAGUAGCAGGCUCUCUGUCCCUAUGUCCGAGGAUUCUUCAGAAAUGAUUCAGAGGGAGAGCCAACCAGCAAAAGCUGUUUCUGCCAAGUUCCAAAGAAGUACACAGAAAAUAUCUGCCACCUUGAAUUCCACAACUCAAGAGUCAAGCGUGUCGCUUUUAGAUAUAUUAAGGAGGUCUUCACUACGUGCAGAGCACUGUGUCCAGAAUGUCAAAGUUCAACCAAAGGAAUCCGUAUUUGAUGCAUUCAAGUUAGCAAAGAAGCCAAUUAAGACAGACGCAGGGAUAUAAUGUACUACAGGAAACUUUAGUCAUAUUCAUAUGGUUAUACCGUUAUCACUUGUCAUGUGCUUUAUUUAGGUUACCUAUAAAUUAAUUGAAAAAGACUGGAUUUUGCUUGCGUA